UUGUCAAAAUACACGGAGAGAGCUGAGAUCAUUGUCUGUGUGUUCUUCCAUCUCUGGGUUCAACCCCAGGUUCUUUUGCACUUAUGAGACUGUUACAGCGAUCUACGGGUAUCUUCGCCCAUUCAUCAUGGGCAAAAGCCUCCAGUUCAGUCACAUUCUUAGGCUUGCGCAACUGCUUUCUUUAAGUCACACCAGAGGUUCUCAAUCGGAUUUAAGUCUGGUGACUGCGAUGGCCACUUCAAAAUGUUCCAGCCUUUAAUCUGCAACCAUGCUCUAGUGGACUUGGAGGUAUGCUUGGGAUCAUUGUCCUGUUGAAAGGUCCAACGUCUUCCAAGCCUCAGGUUUGUGACGGACUGCAUCACAUUGUCAUCCAAUAUCUCCGGGUACUGAAGAGAAUUCAUGGUACCUUGCACACGCUGAAGCUUCCCAGUACCUGCAGAAGCAAAACAGCCCCAAAGCAUGAUUGACCCCCCGCCAUGCUUCACAGUAGGCAAGGUGUUCUUUUCUUCAUAGGCCUUGUUCAAACAUAGCGUGGGUCCAUGGGCCCAAACAGUUCUAAUUUUGUUUCAUCAGUCCACAGAACACAUGACUUUUGGCAUACUGCAGUCGACUCUUCUUAUUCUUUGGGGACAGCAAGGGGGUGCGCCUGGGAGUUCUGGCAUGGAGGCCUUCAUUACACAGGGUGCGCCGUAUUGUCUGAGCAGAAACUUCAGUACCCACAUCUGACAAAUCUUUUCUCAGUUCCUCAGCAGUCACACGGGGACUUUUCUCCACUCUACGCUUCAGGUAGCGCACAGCAGUCGAAGUCUGCAUCUUCUUUCUGCCACGACUAGGUAGCGUUUCAACAGUGCCCUUUGCCUUGAAUUUGCGAAUGAUGCUUCCUAUGGUGUCUCUUGGUAUGUUUAACAUCUUUGCAAUCUUCUUAUAGCCAUUGCCCUUCCUGUGAAGAGUAAUCACCUGUUCUCUUGUCUUCCUGGACCAUUCUCUUGACCUCACCAUAUCCCAUUGAGAUCCACAAACAGAAGCUGGCAUUAUGGUUCAAUCACCUCCCUCAAGAGGAGAAGCAGUUCGGUGGCUACUUUUCUCCUGAAACCAUGCACGUAGAGCCGCUCAUCCUAGAGCGUCAUCCUGACGAGGAUCGAGGUCUUCCACUGAGUCCCUUCAAGGCAAACGUCUCCACACGUCCCCCUCUCUGUGUAGAGCAGCUCUUUGAGCCCAGCCAUGAUGAAAACAAGGCACGAGGACUAAAUGUUUUGCUUUACGGAGCCGUCGGCACAGGAAAAAGUACUGUUGUCCGUAAACUGGUGCUGGACUGGUGUGCUGGAUCCACCUUGUCCCAGUUUAAACUUUUGUUGCCAUUUUCCUGUGAAGACCUCUCGCAUUUAUCCAAACCAACAUCCCUUCGAGAUCUCGUGGGGAGAAAAUACAUGCACCUUCGCAGGACACCGUAUCUUAGUGGAGAUGUUGACAAAGCAAAGGAUGUCCUCUUCAUCUUCAAUGGAAUGGAGAAGAUGAAGCUGGACUUUCCCAUCGGCUCGACAGAACUAUGCAGCGAUCCCAAUGAACCUCUCCUGUCGGGAGCUGUUGUUGUUAAUCUACUCAGGAAGUACCUCCUGCCUGAGGCCAGCGUUUUAGUCACAACCAGAUUGUCUGCUGUGGACAGAGUACCAAAAAAAUACAUAAACCGCUUCGUACAGAUUUGUGGCUUUAAUGAUCCGGAUCGCCAGAGAGCCUACUUUACCAGCAGGCUCCUGCUACAGAAUGGAGAGAAGCAGGGAAGGAUGGCCGAGUCGCUCAUAGAGAUGUUUUACUUAAACCUACAGCGAGAGAGUCAGUUAGCCACAGCAUGCUUCUUACCAUCUUACUGCUGGCUUACAUGUGCCACUCUUCAUCUCUUGCAUUUUACGGAUGUGAAGGCACCAAUUCGAACCCUCUCUAGCAUCUACACAAGCUUCAUGAGACUCAACUUUGGAGGAGAGGUGAUGGCAACGGAUGGAAAUGUGUCUUCCCAGGAUCAGCAGAACUCACUCAUGCUCUACGUGGUUCGUACUGUUGGGAAGCUGGCGUUUGAUGGGAUCACAAACAAGCGGACAUCAUUCUCCGCUGAAGAACUGGAGCAGUGGAUUGGUGGUAAGACAAAGACAGAUGAGGAGCUCCGGCAACUGGCGGUGUUUCGCACAGACGUUCUCGACUUCUUCCUGGUGCCAAGUAAUGAGAACGGCUCAGAUACCGAGUCUGCUGAUAGACGCUAUGUGUUUGCAGUCCCUGCCAUGCAGGAAUAUUUCGCUGCUCUUUAUGUUGUUCUCGGUGAGAACAAAACUGUCCUGGAGAAGUUGACCGGUCAUAUAUCAGAGGCCUUCGGACAUGCCGGUGAGGACAUAACAAACUUGCUGAGCAUUCUUUCCAAAAUCAUACCUUUCCGCAUUUUCGCCAUUUUUAAUUUGCUGAAGCUGUUCCCAAAGCUUUUCGAACAAGUCAGUAGCUUAAGCAAAGGCCACAUUGCUCACACGAUGGCAGCAGAAAUGUUUCGUUCCGAGGACAGCUUCAAUGAAGAUGUCCUGGACCAAGUGGAACAAAGUCUGCUGGGAGUUCACGGUCCCCAGCCGCAAGUAGAAAGUGACACUAGGGCAUUUGAGCUCUACCCUAUUUUCAUGGGCGGACUUCUUCAUUAUGGCAACAGGAGACUUUUGGGGCAGCUCGGAUGCGACAUCAAGAGUCAAACAGUCGCACAGAUCACCCGGUCGCUGAGGAAACACCUGAUCAAGGAGAGUCGUAAGAAGCAGCCUCCUGAGGAGCUAAUGGACCUCCUGGUUUUACUUUAUGAGUUCCAAAACCCUCGACUUACAGCCGAAGUGCUGCAGUCUAUCAAGACCAUCAACUUGUCUACAGUGCGCUUGACUCCUCUCAAGUGCUUUGUCCUCAGCACAGUGCUGGGCUGCACUCCCUCAAGUUUCCAAAUGGAUGAACUCAACCUUUCCUCCUGUCACAUCUCUCCAGACCUGCUGCAGAUGCUCUGGCCGGCCUUCCAUCACACUAGCAAACUCAAUCUGCAGUUUAACAGACUGGAUCCGGAGUCCUGCAUUCUUCUGCGAGAUCUGCUAUUAGAGCCCAACUGUUCAAUUAAAUCAUUACAGUUGUGUGAUAACCACUUGACGGAUACAGGCGUCAGUCAUCUACUAGAGGCUCUUUCUGGUAACCGUUCUCUUCAGCGACUGUCCCUGAUGCACACACGCCUCGGAGACUCAUCAGCACAUCUUCUGGCUGACAGACUUGGUCAGCAUGAUACGCUAAAGGAACUGAAUGUGGCCUACAACAACAUAGGAGACAGUGCAGCCCUCACACUAGUCGAUGCCUGUCGAGAACAUCCCAGCAUCCACACAGUACAUCUGUACCUAAACCAGCUUACCGAUGUGGGUAAGCAGUCACUCUACGUGCGCGGUGGUCCUCGGAUGAAGGAGGGCAGGCGGGUGAAGGUUCUGGCCUCUGUGACGGAGGGCUCGGACAUAUCGGAGGACUGGCACCCAAUUUUGAGCAUUAUUGGAAAAAAUUCCCUUGUCUGGGAGAGGAAGCGUGUACGUGAGCAGCUUUUAGUGUUCCUAAAAGAUCUGGAAUGGGGUCGAAAGCAGCACCCGAGCUUCUGGAAGAAGCUGCACUACCGGCGAGUGGAGAGCUUUGUGAGACAAACCCUACGUGUGCUGGAGAAAUCCAGUGAUACGGGAACAGGAUCUGGGAUGAACUGAUUAGGAAUAGAAGGAAAUGGGUCUCAUUUCUCAAGAGCUCUUCCUUCUUUAUAGGGUAAAUUUAGGAACAAAAUGACUUGAUUUAAGGGUGCCUCCAUUUCCAAGUAUUUCCAAGUAUCUGCCAUAUGAUAAUAGUUAAUUUUAGAGUUUGCAAGUGUAAAUCUGUUAUGCAAUAUAUAGCAAUAUUUGUUUAUUGCACUUUAAAAAGCUUGGAUUACUUCUUGAAAACUGCCCUUUGACAAACGUUACGAUGCAAAUCCAUUUGUUAUCCAUAUGUGUUCAAAAAUAAUUUAAGGUGCUUUCAUAUGAAUUUAAGUGAAACAUGUUUUUUUCUCCAGAACUUUGUGUUUAUAGUAUGUCCAAUGGUAUUGUUAACCAAGACACAUACUUAGAAACAAAUUUUUAUUAUAAAGCAAUGUAACCCUGGACAACAAAAUGGGUCAAUUUUUCAAAAUUGAGAUUUUUCUAAUUCUGAUAAGAUAAUAGAGAAUUUUCACCCAUACAAUGUAUUUUUGUCUUUUACUAAAAAUGUUCCUGUGUUACUUAAGACUUGUUUUGUGAUCCAGGGCCACAAAUGUCAAGACAAUUUUUGACUACUACUGAAAUGCUCCCAAUAUGCUUGUGCAAUAUUAACAUAUCAUAAUGCAUCUUUAUGCCUUAAGUGAUAGUUCACCCAAAAAUGAAAAUUCUGUCAUCAUUUACUUGCUCUCUUAUUAAAUCAAACCUAUAUGACUUUCUUUCUUCCGCAUAACACUAAGGAAAAUAUUUUGAAGAAUGUUGUUAACUGAAAAGUGCCGACACUCAUUCAUUUGAAUUGGUUUUGUGUCCAUACAAUAGAAGUGAAUGUGUAAAUGAUGAUUUUUUUUAAAUAAAAAAUUUAAUGUCAACAAAUUA